AAGGAGUUUGCCACGAGCGCGUCCCCUUCAUUCUCAGUCCGGGUGCGUUCUCAGCAGGAUCGCAGAGAGCCGGCGCUCCUCACCCUUAGUCCCUGUGGUCCUGGGCGCACAUCUCCUCGCCCCUCUGCGUCUCCGCGGUCCCAGGAAGGCGGCUAGCCGGCGGGAGUAGGAGAGCCACUGAGCCAUGGGCGCAGGCAGUUCCACCGAGCAGCGGAGCCCCGAGCAGCCGGCGGGGAGCGACACGCCGAGCGAGCUGGAGCUCAGUGGCCAUGAGCCCGCAGCGGAAGCGUCGGGAGCAGCAGGAGACCUCACGGACGCGGACGCGGACGCCGCCACCAAGCUCCCACAGAAGAACGGUCAGCUGUCUACUGUCAAUGGCGUAGCUGAACGAGAAGAUGUCCACGUCCAAGAGGAAAACCAGGACAGGCAAGAGGAAGAAGCCAUUGUUGAAGAUGUCGGACAGAGAGAGUCAGAAGAUGUGAAAGAAAAAGACCGAGCUAAAGAAAUGGCGGCCAGCCCCACAGUUGUUGAAGACAUCACAAAGGAUGAGCAGGAGGAAACACCAGAAAUGAUUGACCAGGUCCCUGCUUCAGAGAGCAACGUGGAAGAAAUGGCGCAGCCUGCCGAGUCCCAGGCUAACGAUGUCGGCUUCAAGAAGGUAUUUAAAUUUGUCGGCUUUAAAUUCACGGUGAAGAAGGAUAAAAAUGAGAAGUCGGAUACGGUCCAGCUACUCACUGUGAAGAAAGAUGAAGGCGAAGGGGCAGAGGCCUCUGUUGGGGCAGGAGACCACCAGGAGCCCGGAGCGGAGACCGCCGGAGAGUCAGCAUCCAAAGAGAGUGAGCUGAAGCAAUCCACAGAGAAGCAAGAAGGCGCCCUGAAGCCAGCGCAGGGCAGCACAGAGCUUCCCCUGCAGACCGAAUCCGGUCAAGCGGCUGAGGAAGAAGAGGAAGAAGUAGUCAAAGAUGAAGGAGAAGAAAAACCUACCAAAUCCCCAGAAUCUCCGACCAGCCCUGUCAGCAACGAGACAACAUCUUCCUUCAAGAAAUUCUUCACUCACGGUUGGUCCGGCUGGCGCAAGAAGACCAGCUUCAAGAAAUCCAAGGAGGAUGAUCUGGAAACUUCGGAGAAGAGAAAGGAGCAAGAGGCCGAAAAAGCAGACGAGGAAGAAGGGGAAAAGACAGAGCCAGGCCCAGCCUCGGAGCAGCAGGAGCCCUCAGAAGGCCCAGAGCAGGCCAGGUUGUCGGCAGACUACGAGAAGGUGGAGUUGCCUUUGGAAGAGCAGGUCGGCGACCUGGAGGCACUGUCUGAGGAGAAGUGUGCUCCUUUGGCAACGGAAGUGUUUGAUGAGAAGAUGGACGCCCACCAAGAAGUUGUUGCAGAGGUCCACGUGAGCACUGUGGAGAAGACGACAGACAAGCAAGGAGGAGGAGGAGAGGUGGAAGGGGACGUGGUGGUGGAAGGAUCGACAGAGUCCUUGCCCCCUGAGAAACUGGCCGAGACCCAGGAGGUCCCCCAGGACGCCGAGCCUGCCGAGGAGCUGAUGAAGAGCAAAGUGUGUGUCUCUGGAGGUGACCAUACUCAGCUGAGAGAUCUAAGCCCUGAAGAGAAGAUGCUGCCCAAACACCCGGAAGGCAUUGUCAGUGAAGUGGAGAUGCUGUCCUCUCAGGAGAGAAUCAAGGUACAGGGAAGUCCCUUGAAGAAACUCUUCAGCAGUUCAGGCUUAAAGAAGCUCUCCGGGAAGAAGCAGAAGGGGAAACGAGGAGGCGGGGGAGAUGAAGAGAUGGGAGAAAGCCAGCAAAUCCAAUCCGAGUCCCCAGAGAGCGCUGAUGAGCAGAAGGGAGAGAGCUCAGCAUCUUCCCCUGAAGAGCCUGAGGAGAUCACGUGUCUGGAGAAAGGGCCAUCGGAAACACCCCAGGAAGGGGAAACUGAGGAAGGAGCUACUUCCGAUGGAGAGAAGAAAAGGGAGGGGAUCACCCCCUGGGCAUCCUUCAAAAAGAUGGUGACACCCAAGAAACGGGUCCGUAGACCUUCUGAAAGCGACAAAGAGGAAGAUCUGGAGAAGGUCAAGAGUGCCACCUUGUCCUCCACGGAGAGCACGGUGUCGGAAAUGCAAGAUGAAGCCAAAGCGGGCAGCGAGGAGCAAAGGUCGGAGGAGCCGAAGCGCAGGGUGGAUACGUCAGUGUCCUGGGAGGCGCUGAUUUGUGUUGGAUCGUCCAAGAAGAGGGCCAGGAAGGCAUCAUCUUCCGAUGAUGAAGGAGGGCCUAGAACCCUGGGCGGGGACAGUCACAGAGCGGAAGAGGCUAGCAAAGACAAAGAUGUCGGAGCAGAGGCCCUUGCUGCCAGCGCCCAGGACCAAGACCAAGCGCACGGAAGCUCCUCGCCUGAGCCGGCUGGGAGCCCUUCUGAAGGGGAGGGCGUGUCCACCUGGGAGUCAUUUAAACGAUUAGUCACCCCCAGGAAAAAAUCCAAGUCCAAGCUGGAAGAGAAAACUGAAGACUCCGGUGUAGAGCAGUUGGCUUCCGAGAUCGAGCCAAGUAAAGAGGAAUCGUGGGUUUCCAUUAAGAAAUUUAUUCCUGGGCGGAGGAAGAAGAGGGCAGAUGGGAAGCAAGAGGCCACCACCGCCGUGGAAGACUCGGGGCCACCAGAAAGCAACGAAGACGACCCCGAUGUCCCCGCCGUUGUGCCUCUGUCUGAGUACGAUGCGGUGGAAAGGGAGAAGAUGGAGGCACAGAGAGCUCAGGAGAAUGUGGAGCUGCCCCAGCUGAAGGGGGCUGAGUACGUGUCCGAGGAGCUGAGUAAGACUCUGGUUCACACUGUGACUGUCAUUGACGGGACCAGGGCAGUCACCAGUGCGGAAGAGCGGUCUCCGUCGUGGAUCUCUGCUUCCGUGACAGAACCUCUGGAACACGCAGAGGGAGAAGCAGCAGCCACACCACCUGUGGAAGAGGUCACCAAAAAAGAAGACAUCAUUGCAGAAGAAACCCCCGCACGCACCCAGACUUUGCCAGAGGGCAAAGACGACGCCCACGACGACAUGGUCACCAGUGAGGUGGAUUUCACCUCAGAAGCCGUGACUGCUGCAGAAACCACAGAGGCGCUCCGUGCCGAAGAAGUUACCGAAGCAUCGGGGGCAGAAGAGACCACAGACAUGGUGUCUGCCGUUUCCCAGCUGACCGACUCCCCGGACACCACAGAGGAAGCCACCCCAGUUCAGGAGGUAGAGGGUGGCAUGUUAGAUACAGAAGACCAGGAGCGCCAGACGCAGGCCGUCCUCCAAGCCGUUGCAGACAAGGUGAAAGAGGAAUCCCAGGUGCCUGCAACCCAGACGGUGCAGAGAGCAGGGCCGAAAGGUCUGGAGAAGGUGGAGGAGGUAGAGGAGGACUCUGAGGCUACCCCAGAGAGCCUGGAAGGUCCUGAAGUCACGGCGGCGGCUCUAGACUGUGUCACCCCAUGCCAGCCUGUCAAGCUGGCAGAACAGGCCACAGCCCCCGAGUCAUCCGAAACCUUGACAGACAGUGAGACAAAUGGAAGUACUCCCCUAGCGGAUUCAGACACUCCCGACGCGACACAGCCAGACGAGACCAUUGAGAGCCAGGAGAGUGAAGCCAUUGUCGCCACUGUCAGGCAAUCACAGGUCACAGAGGAGGAGGCAACUCCUGCUCAGGAGGGGCCUUCAACACCACCUAACCUCCCAGCCCAGGAAGAACACGGGGCAAAAGCAGGAAGGGAUGUUCUAGAACUUACCCAGCAAGCGCUUGCUGCCGGGGCAGUGCCCGUUCUGGCAAAGACUGAGGUGGGUCAGGAGGCUGAGGCUGGCCAUUUUGAUGGAGAAAAAGUCAAAGACGGACUAGGUGUGAAAGAGCUGGAGGGAUCUGUGCACACUGGAGCCAGCAGUCAAAAGACUGCUGACGUGACACGUGGCGGUGAAGCGACGGAAGUGGCGGGAAGUCAGGAAAACGAGAGUGCUGGAGAGCAGAGUCUUAGCCCGGACGAGAGAGAGAUGGGAACCGAUGUUGAAAAGGAGAAAAUGGAGACAGAGACAGAGAAUGAAGAACAUGAACAGGAAACAGCCCACCCAAAGCCCGUCCUGACAGUUGCCGUGCCCCUCUCAGAGAGCGGGAAGGCCCUGGGCAGCCAUGACGGAAGCUCUUCUCUCCCAGACCACGCCAAAGCAGGUUGCCUAGAGGUUCAGGUUCAAAGCUCAGACACAGCAGUCCCUCAAACAGCGGAGGCUGUGAGAAAGGUCGUAGGAACUGUCGCAAUUUCAGAGACAGAUGAAAGUCUGGACUGUGAAGGGGCGCACCUGUUAGCAGCCGAGAAGUCCCCUGUGCCCCUGGGGCCGGAGUCUCAGGCAGAGUCCAUCCCAAUAAUAGUAACUCCCGCUCCUGAGAGCACCCGACAUCCUGACCUGCAAGGAGAAAUAGGCGCGUCCCAGACACAGAGAUCAGAUGAAGAUGACAAGCCAGAUGCUGGCCCGGAUGCUGAGGGCAGGGAGAGCACAGCCAAAGAGAAAGUCCUCAAGGCUGAACCUGAGAUCUUGGAACUGCAGGAUAAGAGCAGUAAGAUUGUCCAGAACGUCAUCCAGACAGCCGUUGACCAGUUCGCACGCGCAGAAACAGCCCCCGAAACACGCCCUUCCGAUUCCCAGGCGCAGGCUCCUGUGGUGCAGGCUGACAGCCAGGAAGCACAAGAGGUGCUGGACAAGGGUGAAAGCUACCAUCAAGUCUCCACCCCAGGCCAAACCCCCAGUGCCGCAGCCCAGGAAGGACUCGCGAUUUCUGACGGUUCUGACGGCGUGGGCAAGGCUUCAGAAACGAUCAACAUGCUUGCAGUGGAAAGUGCCAGAGUCAAAGAAAGCCCUGAGAAGCCGCCUCUACAAUCCAAAGAUCAAAAGGAACAUGCGGCUGACGGCCCCCAACUCCACGGCCUAGCCCAGGCGGAGGCGGGUGCCUCUGCAAACCUAACCAAAGAGUCCCCAGACACCAGCGGACCAAAGCUAACGGAGGAGGGCGAUGCCCCGAAGGCAGAGGUCCAGGAGGAAGAAAUGAACAAGGCCCAGACAGAAGAGGAUCUGCAGGAGCCCAAGGGAGACCUGGCAGAGUCCUAAGACGUUAGUUGCUCAUUGUAUAUUUGUAAGACCAGAAUGUGAAGACAAGUCACGGAACAAGAUGCUGCUGUUGGGACCUUGAGACCAAGAUUUCAGAGCCCUUGAGAUCCAGAGAGCGGAGCCGUCCAAUGAUUUCAAACCCUGUAGAGCACCCCGACAAUCCUGAGGCCUCAUCGGGAGCUAGCGCCAGCUAACAUUUCCUCGUUUCAAGACUGCCUACCUAUGCUUUGCCCCUUGUCGUACGUGUAUUUCAGAUUUCAGGUCCUGCGUUCUCGGCCUGGAACCAAUGUCGGCAAUACCUAGUUCCACUUCUCUGACUCGGGCAUCUUCCUUUUUGUAUUUAUAUGUAUGUUUUACGUAGUCCUCCUCCUGUACCUAUUGUAUAUUUUUUUUUCUAAUGUUUAAGCACAUGCCUUUUGUAUUAUGCAAUAUAUAAUGGGUGUGCAGCCAUAGCAAAGCUUUGAGAAGCCCCAAGCCUCAACUGUGACCUGCAGCAAACAGAAAUAACGUUCCUGGCAGGAAGACACAAGUCUUUUUUAAAGUUUACCGAUGCUUAGAUCUGUGGGCUCGUAGUCCUCUGAAAGUGGUCGUUUACCUAUGCACAGAGCUCAGAAAUAAAAACUCCAUUUUGAAACAUCCAGAAUUUCCCAAUAUUACCAUGACAUUUUUUUUUUUCCUAAUCCAGCCCAGGUUGGAAAGAAGUCUCCUUAGUGUCAGAUUGAGCCCCAUCUCUUAAUGAUACAGAUAGUGUGCCUAAGGCCGUGAGAUGUUUCCUAGUGCAGAAGGAAUCUGUUGUUACUUUUUGAACUAUACUCUUCUAUGCUGGACCGAGUUCAUAUGCAGAUGGAAGUGAGUCCCGUUCUUUACAGAUGGUAUUUUGAUAGCUACUGGAGUUUGUCCGUGUUGUUAUCUGUGUCCCUUCUUUUAAGAACAAUGUUGCAUUAUGUUCCUUUGGAUAAAUUGUGAUUUGACAACUGAUUUAAAUAAAAAUAUUUGCUUCACUUAUA